AAGUUUUCUUCUGGAGCAGAGUGGAUGCAAAGGCAUCUAGUGACUAUUUGAGCUCUUUCACUUAUGAGAUAAGAAAAUUCAAAAUAUUUAAAGAUAACCUUACUUGACAUCCCAGGAUAGUCCUGCUACCUAAAAGUCAUUCCACAUAUUAACCCCCUCUAUAUCUAUCAAAGACGGCGUGUCUAUCCCAGCAGUGUCCCCUGGUGGAGAAGAGACGUUACUGCUCACCGGCUCCUCUUGUUAUUUAGCAAAUGGGUUUCCAAGUUGUUUUUCUCCGUGGACAUAGCGGGUUUCAGCUGACCUCCUCACACCGUGCAGGCGACACGUAUGGGAAGGAGUAAUUAAUACGUUAUCGGUGACGUCACAUUUGACUGCGUGUAAGGGGCGUGGUGAAUUUAGGAAAGCAGAAGCACCUCAUGCAGUUUGUGUCUUUUUUCUUCUUCCUUUUUCUCUGCCCUCCCCUUUUGGGGGAGUCACAUGGGCGGUUUCCGCUCUUCCCGUGACACUUUUGAACAAAUAACACGGGGAACGAGGCGUGCCAUGGCUGCUCUCUUGUUAUUGGGCGGCACGUCUUUCACAGCAUCCAAGUCCCCCCGGGACAGCUCCCGUCCUGCCCGCCGUCCUGUCGCGGUCAUACGGUGACCGUGGACUGCGCAUCUGACCCGGGAGCAUCUUCCACGGAGGGACACGGAGACACAGAGACACACGGACCUCGCUCGGCGCCCCCCCCCCGGAAACUAGUUAGCAAAGUGCGUGAAACGGCCCCCGCGGAGGCGGAUCGAGGUGAGUUUGGCUGCCCCUCGGUGUUUGAGGCGUUAAUCGACGUCAUCCACCGACACAAACAUGUCCAACGAACACACCCCUCUGAUCUCCUCGGGGGUGUGCGGCCUGGCCGUGUCGGCGGUGGCAUGCGGCGUGGAGACGGACUCCCCCGGCAGCGGCGGCGUCCCUGGGACGCCGAGCAAAGACCCGCGUCAGCUGAACACGUUUUUCGGGGUGAUGGUGCCGACCAUCCUUUCCAUGUUCAGCAUAGUGCUGUUCCUGAGAACCGGCUUCGUGGUUGGUCACGCGGGGCUGCUGCAGGGUCUUUUGAUGGUGAUUGUGGCCUACAUCAUUAUAUCUCUCACAAUACUGUCCAUCUGUGCCAUUUCCACCAAUGGCGCUAUACAAGGGGGCGGAGCCUACUACAUGAUAAGUCGGUCUCUGGGCCCGGAGUUCGGAGGAAGCAUCGGUUUGAUGUUCUUCCUGGCCAAAGUGUUCGCAUGUGGAGAGUAUGUUCUGGGUCUCGUGGAGGCAAUACUGGAUGUAUUCGGUUCUGAUCCCGAGUCGUCCGUGGCCGAGGGGGUGCGCGUGCUUCCUCACGGCUACUGGUACACAAUGCUGUACUCCUCGGCGGUCCUUCUGCUGUGUCUGCUCGUGUGUCUGGUGGGCGCCCACAUCUACUCGCGCACCGCCUUCGUCAUCCUGCUGGUGGUCACCGUGUCCUUGCUGUCCAUCUUCAUAAGCUCUGUGGCGGUCAAGCCCCGUGAUUUUGUCAUCGCCCACAAGGGGACCGUCAACCAGACCCUCCGCUACAACGCCAGCUACACGGGCUUCAGCGUCGCCACCCUGAGGAGCAACCUGGGCGCUGGUUACUCUUUGGACUACAGCACCAACACGGUCACGUCCUUUGCCACCGUGUUUGCCGUCAUGUUCACCAGCUGCACCGGGAUCAUGGCUGGAGCCAACAUGUCAGGCGAACUGAAGAGUCCGAGUGUCUCCAUCCCUAAAGGCACCAUCGUGGCCGUCUUUUACACCUUCACAGUCUACAUCCUCCUCUUCAUCCUGGUCAGCGCCACAUGUGACAGGACCCUGUUGAUUCAGGAUUACGGCUUCCUCCAGAGGAUAAACAUCUGGCCGCCGUUCGUCACCAUCGGGAUUUUCUGCGCUGCUCUUUCGGCCGCGAUGUGCGCUAUGAUUGGAGCGUCCCGCAUCCUGCACGCUCUCGCUCUGGAUCACCUCUUCGGUCUGCCGUUGGCACCAGCAACCAUCACGUCGAGGUCUGGCAAUCCGUGGGUGGCGGUGCUGUACACCUGGGGUCUGGCACAGUGUGUGGUGUUUGCAGGCCAGCUCAACGCCGUGGCCAGUUUGGUGACCGUUUUCUACUUGCUGGCCUACGCCGCCGUGGACCUGGCCUGUUUGGCUCUUGAGUGGGCGUCGGCACCAAAUUUCAGGCCGACCUUCCAGCUCUUCUCCUGGCACACCUGCCUGCUGGGCAUCGUGAGCUGUUUAGUGAUGAUGUUCGUCAUUAACCCUGUGUACUCCUCGGGCAGUAUCGUCCUCCUGUUACUGCUGCUGCUCUUCCUACACUACAGAUCGCCCACCAGCAGCUGGGGCUACAUCAGCCAGGCUCUCAUUUUCCAUCAGGUGCGAAAGUAUCUGUUGAUGCUGGAUGUGAGGAAAGACCACGUGAAGUUCUGGAGGCCGCAGAUGCUGUUAAUGGUGGCCAACCCUCGCUCCUCCUGUCAGCUCAUCCUCUUUGUCAACCAGCUGAAGAAGGGAGGACUUUAUGUGUUGGGCCACGUGCAGCUGGGAGAUCUGGACUCUCUGCCAUCAGACCCGGUGCAGCAGCAGUACAACUUCUGGCUGAGCCUGGUGGAUAAACUCGGGGUGAAGGCCUUCGUGGACCUGACGCUGUCCCCCUCCGUCCGACAGGGAACGCAGCAUCUGCUGCGCAUCACAGGCCUCGGUGGCAUGAAGCCCAACACUCUGAUUUUGGGUUUCUACGACAGCUGCACUCCGGAGGACUUCUUCCUGCAGGAUUCUGCCUUCCGUGACUCGGCGGUUGAAAAAGGGAGCGAGGACGAAUAUAAUUUUGGGGUCGACUUGCCUUCGCUGCAGGCCCACUUCCCCCCAGUGCGACACGUUGAGAGCCCGCGCUGGCUUUCGCCGGAGGAGUACGCCGGGAUCAUUUCCGACGCCAUUAAAAUGAACAAGAACGUGUGCCUCGCCCGCUACUUCUUCCAGCUGGAGGGGGAGGAAAAAGACAGCAAGGUGGACGGCUCGGAGCGCACCAUCGACGUGUGGCCCCUCAACCUGCUGCAGCCGGGCAGCCGGGACUACGAGGACGUGUGCAGCCUGUUCCUGCUGCAGAUGGCCUGCGUGCUCAACAUGUCGUACAAAUGGCGCCACGCGAAGAUGCGGAUCUUCCUGAACGUGGAGACCGAGUCCAGCGACCAGGGCUGGGUGGUGAACGAGGAGACGUUCCGGGAGCUGCUGAGGAAGCUGAGGAUCAGGGCGUCAAUCAAGAUCGUGCCGUGGGACUCUGUGGUGCAGCAUCACGUGGCGCCGGACGAGGAGCCCCCCGCGGGGCAGCCGCAGGCGCUCUCCGAGGAGUUCCUGUCGGCGGCGAACUGCAUGCUGACUGAGCACAGCGCCCAGGCCGCCGUUCGCUUCCUGUAUUUACCUCGACCCGCCGCCCGCCGCAGCCAGGCGCAGCGGUACUUGGCUCAGCUGGAGGCCGUGACCAAUGGCCUGGGGCCAACACUCCUGAUUCACGGGGUCACCCCGGUCACGUACACGGAUCUGUGAGCAGGGUCGCUGCUGCAAAGUCUCGCCUGCGUAAGUUUAACCUCUGGUUACACGUAGAAUGGCCGCACCAUGUAAAGAAUAGUGAUGGUUUACAGUAUGUUGCACCAGUUAUAAUGUGUUCACCUAAUGAUGCUUUUUUUCCCACUUAAUUACGGACCACAGCCACAAAUUCAGCAACUUGAGAUUUUUAGAUAGGUUAUUUUCCUAUGUACUUAAACUCGCUUGAUCAUUGAGCCAAGAAAUGUGGGAAAACUACCUUUUGUGGGUGCGAUGUUGAUACAACCUCUUGUUUGGACCAGUCUUUUCACAUAAGACGGAAAUAAGAAUUUGUUUGGGGCAAUACGGGUUGCCUGACAUUUAAUAAAAGGCAAAUCUCUAUAAUUUCAGGGAUGAAAUUCUGAAUUUGUGAUAACAAUUGACAAAGGUGAAAACUUAUUUUCCCAAAUCAGUUUCUAAAAGGUAUUUUUACAAUUUGUUUUUGCUGCUUUCGUUUCAUACAUUCCCAAAUUUCUGCACGGGCGAAGGGAUCCAAAGACUUUUGUUUGUUUUUGAGCAGAAUUUAGUUGGUUUUGUUCCAAUGCAGUUCUUAGAACUUGCCUUCUUCUUGUUAAAUGUGUAUUACAAGUCUUUACAAAAGGGAACAGUUUUACACAUGUGACCUCGGAACGAUAAACCGCAUUUGUUUAUUUAAAAACUAUACUGAUGCAACAUGUCAAAGUACAUCAAAAAUAUGUUUAUAAUAUUUACUCUAGACAGCUUUAAAUCCAGUUUGGGUUAGUUAGGACCACAGCCAGCUGGUUACACAACAAUUCAUAUACCCUAUUUAAAGUACAAACUAAUUAUAUUACUGCUUUCUUGUCACGCUUGCUUUAACAGUCAGACCCCACUCACAUGGACUGUUUUUUUUUAACAUCCACGAACCAUUUAAGAAAUAGGAAGUUGCUUAAAGGGCCAUUUGCAUGACCUCGGGGUAUGCUCCAUUUUGGGUUGUGGUUCAAAAAGCCUCAAAGGGCCGACUGUAUACUAAAGGCCCUUUCUG